GGCUGCCUGAGACUGCCAUGCGAGGCUCGAGUUUGCACUUACAAAGACAAAAGGAAGUUGAAGGAGAGACAGGAAAGAGCGGCCAUCAGGAGGAAUGGAGCUAAAAAUGAGCCUCCUUCCCAAUUCAAACAACCAUGCAGUGAGGGGUCUGUUGACCCCCAGGUCUGAGCUGUCCACUUGACAAGCAAGUCUUUGAGGAGAAAAGCAGACACAUGAAGGGAGAGAAAAGAUUUGCAUGGAACAUGGCCUCCGUCAAAGAGGAUGACAUGAAUGAAAGACUGGAACACCUUAAACAAGAGGACUGUGAGUGGGGCGCACCAGAGGAGGUGUGUGUGAAGCUGGAGGACUGUGAAGGAAGAAUCUUAUGUUUUAAAGAGAAGGAAACCAAGGGAGAGACCGCUGAAGUUAAAGUUGAAGAUUCUGAACAUUUGUCAGUUAGUCCUGCACUGCAAAACCAUGAAAGUGGGAAUAAUUUCAAGCAGCAUGUUUUUGAAGAUGCUCAUUUUAGUUUACAGCCCUCGGUCACAAAUACGGGACAACUGGCUACCAGGCAGAGUUCUAUGGAACUUAAAUCAGAGUUGUCGGAGUUUGACGAGAAAAUCAAUGAAAAAAACAAGAGAGAAGAAGAAGAAGUACAACAGUCACCUAGGAGGGUAGGAAUUAUUUUCCAGGAGGCUGACAGCUUCUUAUCCUCUUCAUUUGCUGAGACUUCUCUACAGCUCAGACUACAGCACAAACAGGACAAGGAGAAGGUAGAAAAAUCAACAGGAGAAUCAGAGAAUUUGACCCCAGCCUUUCUCCAAUGCAGCUCUUAUCCUGCUGCCAGACAAACUAUGAUAGAAGCCAUCAUCACUGACCAACAAAAAGUUCAUAAUACAGAUCAAGAAGCUCAGUACAGAGAGUGCAGAAAAAUGUCCAAAAACAUUCCUGACUGUACAGAUCGCAAGCUGAUUCAUAUGAGACAGAAGCCAUAUGCCUGUUCUGAAUGUGGGAAAAUGUUCUCACGCAGCCAAAAUCUUCACAUUCACAAAAUAAUUCACACUGGAGAGAAACCCCACUGCUGUUCUGAAUGUGGCAAACGAUUCUCACAAAUUGGUGGUCUUCAAAGGCACACAAGAAUCCACACUGGAGAAAAACCUUAUUGCUGUUCUGAAUGUGGCAAGCGAUUCUCUGACAGCAGCGCUCUUCAGAAGCACACAAGAAUUCAUACUGGAGAGAAGCCAUAUUGCUGUUCUGAAUGUGGCAAAAAAUUCACCCAUAGUAGCAGUUUUCGCAUACACAAACAAAUUCACAGUGUAGAAAAACCUUACUGCUGUUCUGAAUGUGGGAAAAGAUUCCUACAAAUAUUUAAACUGCAUCGACAUAUGAGAAUUCAUAUUAAAAAAAAUAUUUGUUGUCCUGAAUGUGGUAAACAUUUUUCUAACAGUAGUGGUCUUUGUAGUCACGGAAGAAUUCAUAUAGGUGAGAAGUGUCCUAGCUGUUCUGGAUGUGACAAGCAUUUAUCAGACAAUAGCAGUUGUAAAAGGCAGAAGAGAAUUCACACAGAAGAGAAACCAUAUUGCUGCCCAGAAUGUGACAAACAAUUUUCACUUAAAUAUAGUCUUCAGAGGCACAGACGAAUUCACACUGGAGAGAAACCUUAUAGCUGCACUGAAUGUGGCAAGUGUUUCCUUGAAAAGAGAAGUCUGAAUAGCCACAUGACAUUACAUACUGGAGAGAAGCCAUAUUGCUGUACUGACUGUGGCAAACGAUUCUCAAUGAAAGACAGUGUUCAGAGGCACAAAAGAAUCCACACUGGAGAAAAACCGUACACCUGCUCAGAAUGUAACAAGCGAUUCUCGGACAGUGGCACAUUUUGGCGGCACACAAGAAUCCACAGCAGAGAGAAGCCAUAUUAUUGUCCUGAAUGUGGAAAAGGAUUCAACCAUAACUGCAAUCUUCAGAAACAUAUAAACAUUCACACCGGAGAGAAAGAGAGCGGGAAAGAGACCUCACUGCAAAUUUAAAAGAGUAAGAGUUGCAGCAGUCCAUGUGAAUUCUCAUAACUGAAGCAUGAGACUUAUUGCGGUCUCGAUAGUAAGCACAAUAAGAUAACUCAGUAAGACAACCCUGAAAAAUAUGAUAGUAAAGAACUAGAAUGAUUAUGCAAAUUACAGAAAGCCAUUGAAAACACCAAUAAAGGGAAUGGAAAGACCUGAGGUAACCACUGGAGAAAUGCAAAUGACAAAUUAGAUUAGCUACUAACUGUGAAAAACCUGGUGGAGACCCCAAACUAACCUUCUGGCUUAAACAACUAAAAAUGUGCUAAUGCAACAAAUUCAGAUGACACUCGAUUGACACUCAGUCUAUCGAUCAAUCUAA